AGAGAGGAAGAGGAGGAGUGGACAUAGUUUGGACCAACUUCUGUGUCACUUUUCUGACACUCAACCCAGCACCGAGCCGCGCGAGAGGACCGCACGGACUCCUGCACAGCGCGCGCGCGAGGCACCACAUCAGAGACCCGGCCGGACGAAAUGAAGCGCCUCGUGCUUCUCGCGCUCGCGGCCGCGUUGCUAUGGCAGUGCUGCCACGGCCAGCAGAGAGGACUGUUCCCAGCUGUGUUGAAUUUGGCGACUAUGGCCGAUAUAUCAGCCAAUGCCACCUGCGGUUCAAAGGAGCCAGAAAUGUUCUGUAAGCUGGUGGAGCAUGUACCAGGUCAGCCCGUGAGAAACGCCCAGUGUCGCGUCUGUCACCAAAAGAGUCUAAAACCAUCAGAGCAUCAUCCCAUACGGUACGCCAUAGAUGGAACCAACAAUUGGUGGCAGAGUCCCUCUAUUAGCAACGGGAUGGAGUACCACUAUGUGACAAUCACACUGGACCUGAAACAGGUUUUCCAGAUCGCCUAUGUGAUCAUAAAGGCCGCCAACUCACCUCGCCCAGGUAAUUGGAUCUUAGAGCGCUCGAUAGACGGCGUGACCUUUGAGCCCUGGCAGUACUUCGCCAUCACAGACACAGAGUGCCUGACGAGGUUCAACAUAUACCCACGGACUGGACCUCCGUCCUACACCAGAGAUGAUGAAGUUAUCUGCACGUCGUUCUACUCCAAGAUUCCCCCACUGGAGAAUGGAGAGAUCCACACGUCUCUGAUCAAUGGCCGGCCCAGCGCUGACGACCCCUCCCCGACCCUGCUGAACUUCACCUCCGCCCGCUACAUCAGGCUGGUGUUCCAGCGAAUCAGGACGCUCAACGCCGACCUCAUGACGCUGACCCUGCACGACCCCAGAGACGUCGAUCCCAUCGUGACGAGACGGUACUACUACUCCAUUAAGGACAUCUCCGUCGGAGGGAUGUGUAUCUGUUACGGCCACGCCAAAGCCUGCCCACUCAACGCCGAUACAAAGAAGUUCAGCUGCGAAUGUGAACACAACACGUGCGGGGAGAGCUGUGAUCGUUGUUGCCCGGGUUACCACCAGCAGCCCUGGAUGGCAGGAACCUUCCUCACUCGACACGUUUGCGAGAAGUGUAACUGCCAUGGAAAGGCAGAGGAGUGCUACUUUAAUCAGACAGUAGCAGACCUGACGCUCAGCCAGGACGUCCACGGUCACUACAAAGGGGGCGGAGUCUGCAUCAGCUGCCGUGACAACACAGCCGGCAUCAACUGUCAGAGCUGCAUUUCUGGAUACUACAGACCUACUGAGGUGAGCGCUGAGGAAGACGACCCCUGCAUCCCCUGCUCAUGUGACCCGCUCGGUUCUGUCAGCCGAACAUGUGUCGCCGAUUCAAGCCAAGCGAAUCCCAGCCAGCCAGCGGGGUCAUGCUGGUGUAAGGAGGGUUUUGGGGGUCCGCGAUGUGACAGGUGUGCUGUCGGUUAUAUGGGCUACCCGUCUUGUCAGCGCUGUAACUGCAGCGUGGAAGGGAGCGCGAACGCUGACCCAUGCAUAACACCCUGCGUGUGCAAGGAAAACGUGGAGGGGGAGAACUGUGACCGCUGCAAACUCGGUUUCUACAACCUGCAAGGCGACAACAGACGCGGCUGCGAGAAGUGCUCCUGCAUGGGCGUGGCCAGUCUGUGCUCUGCCUCCACGUGGACCUAUCAGAACGAGACCAGUCUGACAGGCUGGCACCUGGUUGGAGAGAGUGGAGGGAGAGUGUGGUCCGUCCACAGGGAGACGCCGCCGUAUCUGAGCGUGCGACACCUGGACGUGGUGAAUGACCUGGGCUCAGCCUAUUACUGGAACGCACCUGGACUAUACCUGGGAAACAAGGUUUCAGCCUAUGGAGGGAGUGUUGUCUUCACUGUGUCUUACACCACAGACCAAAAAGAGCAAAGGGCCAUCAGAGUGACCUCAGAACCUGACCUAAUCAUAGAGGGAGGCGGGAUGAAGAUUAUUGACAAGAGGUUUGGCCAGCCGGUGUACCCGUUCUCACCCAGCACCAGUCACAUCGUCCUCCUCCCAGAGAACUUCCUGGUUUCAGAGACUGCGCAGCCGAUUAGUCGAAGGGACUUCCUGUCAGUGUUGGCCAGUGUGACCAAAAUAAUGGUCAGGGCCUCUUACAGCACGGAGCCCAGCGCUGUUUACAGACUCCGCUCGUUCUCGAUGCAGGUAGCAAAUCCGGCUGCGAGAGGAGAGAGGAGAGCAUCAGCUGUGGAAAUGUGUUCUUGUCCUCCUGGAUAUGCUGGAACUUCCUGUGAGACGUGCGUCCCUGGGUUUCGCAGAGUCAACGGGAACCUGUAUAACGGCGUGUGCGAACCCUGUCGCUGCCACGGACACGCGUCGCAAUGCCACGAGGUCACGGGACACUGCCUGGACUGCUCCCACAACACGGCCGGCCCCCACUGUGACACCUGUCUACCUGGUUACUACGGCAACGCCACCCGCGGGUCACCGGCCGACUGUCAGCCCUGCGCCUGCCCGCUCAAUCUUCCCAGCAACAACUUCAGCCCGACCUGCCGCUUAGGUGAAGACGGGGAGUUGCUGUGCGACCAGUGUCGGCCCGGCUACACGGGGCCACGGUGCGACAGAUGUUCCAAUGGAUACUACGGCCAGCCCACCGUACCGGGGGGAUCCUGCCAGCCCUGCGAUUGCCAUGGCAACCUGGACUUAUCCAUACCUGGCAGCUGCGAUCCAACCACGGGCCAGUGUCUGCAGUGUCGCCGGGGUUAUGGUGGCGGAGCUUGCGACAGCUGCGCUGAAGGUUACUACGGAGACGCCAUCACAGCGAAAAACUGCCAACCCUGCCAGUGCCACAGCAAUGCUUCUCUGUCUGACGUCUGCAACAAGGAGAACGGGCAGUGCCAGUGCAGAGAGAACUCAGUGGGACGACAGUGUGACGAGUGCAUGCCUAACUGCUGGUGGGACGCGGAGCUUCAGGAGUGUAUGCCCUGUCGCUGCAGCCGCCACGGAUCCAUGUCCCAGCGCUGCGACGUCGAGGGCCGCUGCAUCUGCCGGCCCGGCUUCGUGGGCCGCCGCUGCGACCUGCGCCGGCAGAGCUACGAGAGGCGGGAGACGCGGCGGCCCGUGGAGCGCGUCCCCGUGGACGUCGUGCAGCAGAGAUGGGGCGGGUUUUCGCGCUCGGGGGGUUGUCCCAGGGGCGCUUACAAGCCUAAGACGGGGCCUCAGACUCACCACAACGCCACAGGAGUGUGCGUCCCGUGUCACUGCAACUCGUUUGGUUCCAAGUCGUUCGACUGCGACGAGACGGGCCAGUGUCGGUGUCAGCCGGGCGUCUCCGGACCCAAAUGUGACCGAUGCGGGCGAGGGUUCUUCAACUUCCAGGAGGGCGGCUGCACACCCUGCGAGUGCAGUCACGUGGGGAACAACUGUGAUGCCAGCACAGGGCAGUGUAUCUGUCCUCCAAACACUAUCGGUGAGAGGUGCGACCGCUGUGCCCCCUACCACUGGGGCCACGACAUCGUAACUGGAUGCAAGGAGUGUGGCUGCAGCGUGAUCGGCUCAGUGACCCAGCAAUGCAACGUGAACACGGGCUGCUGCUCCUGCCACGACUCCUUCCGAGGAGAGAAGUGCAAUGAAUGUCAGAUUGGACACAGAGACUUCCCCCAGUGCAUCCGGUGCGAGUGCAGCAUCGCGGGAUCGGACAGCCUGACCUGCGACCUGGAGAGAGGAGUGUGCGGAUGUGCCGACCGGACGGGAAAAUGCAGCUGCAAGGAAAACGUGGCGGGAGACAACUGUGAUCGCUGUAAACCAGAUAUGUUCGGGCUGUCGGUGCGAAACCCGCUGGGCUGCAGCAAGUGUUACUGUUACGGACUGACGCACUCCUGCACUGAGGCACAAGGACUCAUCAGGAUGUGGCUAACACUGAAGCCAGAGCAGACAGUGCUCCCCCUGGUGGACAAGUCCAACGCCGUGGAGACGAGGAGGGGAGUCAGCUUCCAGCACCCGGAGAUCCUGGCUCAUUCAGAGCUGGUCACGUCAACUCUGUCUGAACCGUACUACUGGAAACUGCCGGAUCAGUUCACAGGCUCUAUGAUCACGGCGUAUGGUGGACAGCUGAAAUAUGCCGUGUACUACGAGGCCAGAGAGGAAACCGGUCCUUCCUCCUACGAGCCUCAGGUCAUUAUCAAGGGAGGUCCCAACCAUAAUAUGGUGAUGACGCGUCACAUACCUGGACUCCAGAUUGGUCAGCUCACCCGGCAUGAGAUCGACAUGACAGAGCACGAGUGGAAGCACGCAGAUGGCACAUCUAUGACUCGGGAGGACUUCAUGGACAUUUUAUUCUACGUGGACUACAUCCUAAUUAAAGCGUCUCACGGAAACCUGAUGAGACACAGCCGUAUUUCAGAGAUCAGUCUAACAGUGGCUGAAGAAGGCAGACCCACCAGAGAAAGUGAGAAAGCUCAUCAGAUAGAAAAGUGCGACUGUCCGGCUGGAUACUCUGGACUCUCCUGUGAGGAGUGUGCAGCAGGUUUCUACCGCCUUCGCGCCGGCUCCCAAACAUCUGCUCCGGCGUCCAGAGCGCCCACCGCUACCGGCAUGGGCAGCUGUGUUCAGUGUCAGUGCAGCGGGCACUCUUCCACUUGUGACCCAGAGACAUCCAUAUGCCAGAACUGUCGAGACAACACGGAGGGCGAUCUGUGCGAGCGCUGCGCUCCGGGUUUCUACGGCGUGGUCCAAGGUUUCUCUGACGACUGCAAACCCUGCGCCUGUCCCCUGUCUAACCCGGAGAACAAUUUCAGUCCCACCUGCGUGUCAGAGGGAUUCGACGACUACCGCUGCACGGCCUGUCCCGAGGGAUACGAGGGCAAAUACUGUGAGAGGUGUGCCACUGGUUACCACGGUAACCCGAGGAUGCCCGGCGGCCGCUGCGAGGAGUGUAAGUGUUCCCCGUGGGGGGCGUUGCCCGGACCGUGCGACCCUGUCACGGGCCAGUGCCGCUGCAGGGUCGGGACGUCGGGGACGUCGUGUGACCAGUGCAUGGGAAGGCAUGUGUGUGGAGCGUCCGGGAUCAUCUCCUGUGAUGACGACUGCUCGGGUCUGUUGAUCAGCGACAUGGACAGGCUGUAUCGCAUCAUCACCGACGUCACCCUGACCACGCCCCUCCCACCACCUUAUAAGGUGUUGUACCGCUUUGAGAACAUGACGGAGGAACUCAAGCACAUGCUAUCGCCUCAGAAAGCUCCGGAGAGAUUACUGCAACUGGCCGACUCCAACCUGGGUUCGCUGGUGGUGGAGAUGGACCAGCUGCACAGCAGGGCCACUAAGGUGUCUGCUGACGGAGAACAGGUCGAGGACGAUGCUGACAGGAUUCAUAAACGAGCCGAGGACCUGGAGCAGUUCAUCAGGGAUACACUGCUGGGAGCUAAAGACCUCCAGUCGAAGGCUGCCGAGCUGAACCAGACUCUCUCGCGGAGAGACGGAACUCCAGACAAAAGCCUGAGUGAGAUGAAGGAGGAGAUCCAGGCCAUGCUAGCUGAGAUGAGAAAGCGACAGCUGGGAGGGAAGAGGAGUAUCGCAGAGGAAGAGAAAGAUCUGGCAGAGGAGUUGUAUCAGAAAGUGAAAAGGAUGUUCGGUGACCCUCAUCAGGCCACAGAAGACCUGAAAGCAGAGAUAAAAGGAAAGCUCUCGGACCACGAAGAGAAGCUCCAGGAGGCCCAGGAUCUACUGCAGGAGGCCCAGGGGAAGACGUGGCAGGCCGGCUCACUGGCUGAACAGAACCAGGCGAACCUCGCGUCCCUGGAGAGGAAGCGAUCGGCUGUCAAAGGGGUGAAACAAGAAGCACAGAAGGUCCUCGGAGAAGGAGAGCUUCUACUGGAGGAGGCAAACCAACUUUCUGACGACAUCCACAAGGAGAUGGAGGACUUGGAGGAGAUGAAGACAGAGCUGGGCCCCCUUCAUGACCAGCUGGACAACAGAGUGAGUCGCCUCACCGAUGGCUUGAGUGAUGGCAGCCUGGCCAACCAUGUGAACGACGCAGAGGAACAUGCCAAGCAGCUGAAUGAUUCCGCGACCAUUUUAGAUGGUAUUUUGGCUGAAGCUAAAAACCUGUCCUUCAACGCAACAGCGGCCUUCAAUGCCUAUAGCAACAUUAAAGCCAACGUGGAUGCAGCUGAGAAAGAGGCGAAGGCAGCCAGACAGAGGGCGACCGAGGCGCUGAACUUGGCUUUAGGUCCAUCGGUCCCAGUAAAGGAAGAAGCUCAAGAUGCACUCAAGAAGAGUCACAUACUGCUGAAUAAAGCUAAACAACUUCAAAAUGAUGUCAAAGAGAACGCAGACAGUGUGGCCGGGCUGAAGGGCAGAGUUAAAGCAGCGAGAGACAAAACCAAAGACAUGCUCAAAGCUGUCAAUGGAACCAUGGAAACGCUCAACGCCAUCCCCAACGAUACAGCAGUUAAGCUUGAGGCCACCAAGGCAGUAGCGGCGGAAGCUAACGCCACAGCCAUAGACGUCCUGGAGCGCCUCGGAGAUCUGAACCUGCGACUCGGUGGCCUACAGCGCAACUACAGCGAACUGGAGGACACGGUCAACGCAGCCAAUCAGAUGAUCCAGGAUCCGGAGAAAAACACCAUCAUCCACGCUGCAGGAGCCAAAGUGAAGGACUUGGAGGACGAGGCCGACAGGCUGUUGGAGAAGCUGCAGCCCAUCAAGAUGCUGCAGGACAAUCUGAGGCGCAACAUCUCGCAAAUCAAGGAACUGAUCAACCAGGCCAGGAAGCAAGCUAAUUCAAUCAAAGUAUCGGUGUCCUCGGGUGGCGACUGUCUCCGUAGUUACCGCCCGGACAUCAGAAAGGGGAGGUACAACACCAUCAUCCUUCACGUUAAAACCACCACCCCCGAUAACCUGCUCUUCUACCUGGGAUCAGCCAAAUUCGUUGACUUCUUGGCCUUGGAGAUGCGUAAGGGGAAGGUGAAUUUCCUUUGGGACGUGGGUUCAGGUGUGGGCAGGGUCGAAUACCCCCACCACACCAUCCACGACGGGAACUGGCACCGGAUAGAGGCGUCUCGCAAUGGGUUGAACGGCACCAUAUCAAUAUAUCCUCUGGAAGGCUCUAUGGCUGGUAUGAUGCCGACCCCGGCCAGUGCCAACUCGCCCACGGCCUUCACCAUCUUGGACGUGGACCAGAACGCCUACCUGUUUGUGGGAGGAAUAUUCGGCACCGUCAAGAAAGCAGAAGCGGUAAAAGCAUCAACAUUCACAGGCUGCAUGGGGGAGACUUUCUUGGACGGGAAACCCAUUGGUCUGUGGAACUACAGAGAGAGACAAGGGGACUGUAAAGGAUGUGUCGUCAGCCCCCAGCGUUCAGACAUCGAGGGGACGGUCCAGCUGGACGGUGAAGGCUAUGCUGCCGUGGGACGACCCACCAGGUGGAACCCCAACGUUUCCACCAUCACCUUCCAGUUCCGCACCUUCUCCUCUGAUGCUCUGCUCAUGUAUCUGGCUACUGAAGACAUGAAAGACUUCAUGUCCCUGGAGCUGUCGGGAGGUAAAGUGAAGGUGAACUUUGACCUCGGAUCAGGAGUUGGCAGCGCCACGUCAGCCAUCCGCCACAAUGACGGACGCUGGAAAUCCCUCACCAUGUCGAGGAACAAGAAGCAAGCCACGGUGACCGUAGUGGACGUCGACAACAGCGCUGUAGAUAAGAUAGUGGCCACAUCUCAGGGUUCAGCUACGGGUUUGAACCUCAAGGAAAAACAGAAGAUCUAUUUUGGAGGGCUGCCAACUAUCGGAAACUACAGCAUGAAAGCCAGAUCUGAGGUCAAUCUGAAGAGGUAUUCAGGUUGUCUACGGGAGAUUGAAAUCUCCACAACUCCAUAUAAUCUCCUCAGCAGCACCGAUUACACUGGAGUCACGAAAGGGUGUUAUGUCGAGAACCUGUACUCGGUCAGCUUCUCUAAACCAGGCUACAUGGAGCUGAGCGGACUGGUGCUGUCGGUCGGCACUGAGAUCAGCUUGUCGUUCAACACCCUGGCGGACACUGGGACCAUCCUGCUCGCAGUGGGCGGAGCUUCACCCAUCAACCCUAAGGCCCGCAGCGCCAACCUCUUGAACUCAAAGAGGAGGAGACGCCAGUCGGGGGAGCCCUACCUCUCAGUCAUGCUGAACAAAGGCUCUCUGGAGGUCCUGGUGUUUACCGGCAGCCACAGUCCGCGUCGUGUCAUCAGACGACCUGAGCAAGGCAUACUGAAUGAUGGCAAAGAGCACUUGUUGCGCAUAGAGAGGCUGCCUGGCAGAUCAUUUUCAGUACAGGUGGACGAGGAGGCCAAGAGGGAGGCGCCGCUUAACAACGACCAGCCAAUGAACUUACAGCGCAUCUUCCUCGGUGGUAUUACCGCACAAGUGGAGCAGACAACCAGCAAAGCCAACGUCCCGUUCAAAGGAUGUAUCUGGAACCUCAUGGUCAACUCUGUACUGUCAGAUUUCUCCCAGCACAUUUCCUUUGAGAAUGCUGAAAUUGGCCAUUGCCCCUACCUCGGCCCACCUCCACCUUUCGUGUUAGAGGAGGAGGAGCCGGUGAAGGAGAAGGAGAAGGAGAAGGAGAAAGAAAAGGAGGGGUCAAAGCCAAUCAGUCCACCAACUCCUGCUCCUGCCACACCACCUCCAGGUCCUCCUGCUGAGGCCACGCCCCCUGCCCCGCCUGCUGCCGUGCCCACUCCGCCCGCUGCUGUAGCGCCACCUGCUGCCACACAUGAACCCAGCACAGACUUGGAUUCGUGUGCGUCGGCUGUGGCCCCGACAGCGCUGGAGAAAGCCUAUCAGUUUGGCCUGACCAGGAACAGCCACAUGAGCUUCGCCUUCGAUGACACCAAAGUCAGAGACAGGCUGAUCCUGGAGUUCGAGCUGAGGACGAGAGAGGAGUCUGGCCUCGUCCUCUACAUGGCGAGGAUCAACCACGCUGACUUUGUUUCCAUACAGAUCAAGGACGGACAUGCUUGUCUGGGCUAUGAUCUCGGUCAUGGAAACAUAUCCGGCUGCGUCCCCUAUUCCAUCAAUGAUGGCAACUGGCACAAGGUUCGUGUGAGUCGCACCAAGCAGAGGAGUUUAUUUAUGAUUGAUGGGAAAUACAGUAAACAGAUGACGAGCCCAAAGAAGGCUGACCUGUUAGAUGUGGUGGGAGUGGUGUACGUCGGAGGACUGCCCCAAAACUACACCACCAAGAGGAUAGGACCAAUUCUCUACAGUAUCAACGGAUGUAUUCGCAACCUGAAGAUGGUUGGAAGUCCUGUGAUUGCAAAGGGAGCCUCUGCGGCGGUUCUUGAGGACUUUAAAUUCGACAUGGCCACGCCCACCUCAAGUCACAUGGUUGGGAGCUGUUUUGUCGCCACAGAGGCGGGAACCUAUUUCCAGGGCACCGGCUUCCUGAAAGCAGUCGCUUCCUACAGAGUCGGCCUGGACGUGUCAAUUGCAUUGGAAUUCCGAACUAGCAAAACCAACGGCGUGCUUCUCGGCGUCAGUAACCAAGGCAACGAAGGACUGGGUCUGGAGAUAGUCGAGGGCAAGCUGCUCUUCCACGUCGACAACGGAGCCGGGCGAAUCACGGCCGAGCACGUGCCCGACGGGGACGGGUUCUGCGAUGGCCGGUGGCACUCCAUCACCGCCAACAAGCUUCGCCACAGGCUGGUGCUGGUGGUGGACGGGAAGCAGAGCCAGGCCGAGAGCCCCAACGCUCGCUCCAACACCUGCGACACCAGCGACCCCAUCUACGUCGGAGGAUAUCCCGCUGGAGUUCGUCAGGCAGCUCUUUCCACCAGGACGUCCUUCAAAGGUUGCAUGAAGAACCUGAAGAUCACCAAGGCGUCCAAGACCAUGGACGUGCACUUCAACAAGGCUCUGGAGAUUAAAGGAGUCCAGCCUCUCUCCUGUCCUGCUGUCGCUGCGUAGCCGGGGGCACAGAGCGUCUUCCUUUGUUGUCUCCCAUGAGUACUUCCUUAAGGUGCUACACAGAGUUUCUUACAUUACAGGGGGAAAAAAAUCAAGUUUUUGAAGCUGCUCUGGUCAAAUUUACAUGUGAUAAUAAUGCCAGUGUAUAUGUCUAUUAUUAAUACACUUUAUUUAAUGCGACAGUCAAACUUAUACUCCAUCAGAGGGAGAGUUCAGUUUCUUUCUCUGAAAACAAGGCUCUAACCCAAAUAGAAAUCCCAGAAUCUCAUCCCCAAGUGUGUGAAUUCUUUCGUACGGUCGCGACACAAGAGUAUAAAAGAUAAGGUAUUAUUCACCUCAGAGCUAUGAGGCAGCAUCACCCGUCUGGACUAUUAGUGACGUUUUCUCGUUCUUAGCUCAUGGAUAGUAGAGCGACGCUGCUUUCCAGUUUCCAGUUCUCUCAUUUUUCUAACUUGCAUUCAGUGAAAUGUAACUAAAACGGGUGCAUUUCCACUUAAAAUCGUUAUAGUAUUAAAAACGCUUUACUAAAAAAAAAGGUUUAACAAUUAAUGGAGGAGUUUUGGUUAUUAAUCGGCUUCUCAGAAAAUGUUCUACGGCUUAAUCAAAGAAACGAUGGACUGACUGAAUAAAUAAUCAUUUGCUGCUGCUGUAAUAGUAUUAUAGUAUUAUCACAGACGGGGAAACUGAACCCAAAUAAUCCCGUUAAGAGCUCUGACUGUUCAAAAAAAUGUAUCCACCUCUGAACUAAUGUACCUUUAAACAAAGGCAGGAAUUGAAACACCUUUUGUCAGAAUUAGCUUCGCUGGUCUCAGCUCUUUGGGUUUCUACGGCAACAAGACAGAAUUUACUAUUUCUUUUUUCUUUUCCGUUUUUUAACAUUUCUGUGGGUUUCCCUCUGUCCAAACCAAAAUACAAUUAACUAGCAAACACGCUACAUAAAGAAACACGAUUAAGAAAUGUUACUGCUCUUUGGUUUGAUGAAUAUUUGUGAUAAUUACAAAGUUUCAAUGCUUUUCAUAGUUUGUCCACUAAGUUUAUUAAAGUAUUAGUAAUAAGCCCUGUGUUAUGGUUUCAAGCUUAUCUUUUUCUUUUCUUUUUUUAAUGAAAUGUUAAUGUGUGACCAUUAAAUCAGUCGUACUUGUUCCUCUUGAAGAGGCAGACAAGGGUUCUUUGUGAAGUUUUCCCGAUAAUGUUAUUUCACCAUUUAAACAAACCCCUCCAUAGUAAUAUUUUUGUACCUGUGUGAUUGUUCUAGGUUUGUCCUUCAUGAACCUUGUCUCCUAAAGGCUGGACGUGAACAUGUCUUCAGUGAUCUUUUGCUUCUGUUCUUACCUCAUAAGAGGCCAGGGAUCAAGUUUGCUCUAAAUAUGACAACAACAAAAAAUCUGAUUAAGCCAAACAGCAAGGGACCAAAAAUCUAUGCAGGAAACAUGUGAUACAUGAAACACGUUUUGAGGCUCAGACUUUUACAUCAUUUCAGCUUUUUUCCAUCUCAUGAUUGUAGCGUCAGUGAAUUGUUUUAAGGGUCAUGCUAAUAGACAAUGUAGUUACACUAAAGACUCAUAGAGCAUCAACUGGUUAUUUUAUAGGAAACUGAAACAAGAAUUCCUGUAUAUCAUAUUGUAAUACUACAGCUGACGUGAUUAAUAAAAUUGUGGAACAUUUUCACGUCUGCAGGAAUGUUUAGACGACAAGGUUUCUGCAGGACAUUCACUUUGUGCUCUGCAUGGUGUGACUGAAAUUUCUGAAGCGGCUGUUUCUGCAAAUAUAUAUUCCUGCCAGCAUUG